AUGGUUGCUAAACACGAUGUGAUGUUGCGAAAAUAUUCCUGCUGGGUAACUGACUGCUGUGCUGGCGGUCAAAUGUUGGAGCAAGCGACAGCAAAACCAAAUACGAAAAAAUGCACAAACAACGCAGCUUCAAUGUGCGAGAGCAGCGAAAGUGAAAAUAAUUUCGUUUGUGAUUGCCGUCUCCGAUGGAUAUUUGAAUUGAAAAAUCGCACACGGUUCAUGCAGCUGCGUGACAUGCUCGAGGAUUUCGUUUGCACAUUGCAUGAUCCAAAAAUUUCCAACUUUAUUGAGCCCAUACCAAACCACAUUUUAGAUUUAUUGAAUAUCGGUUCUAGCUACAAUGGUGAAAACUUAGGUGGCAGCAACAUCGGGCGCAAGCGAUUCUCCAAGUCCCGUCAAAGUGGCACCCAGCGAAAAGUGAGCGGUAGUGGCAGCAAUGGACAACAUUUCGAACAAAUGCAACUAACAGCCGAUAAUGUGGAGGCUGGUGAAAGCAAUGCGGCUGCUAUUGCCAGCAUACCCGAAAAUAGCGCUCACAUUUUGACGCUAAGCAAACGGUCGAUUGCCGCCAAAGAAGAAGUAGUUGCAGCUGCCAGUAGCCAGUCGGAAAUGUAUAACGAUGCAAUCUUAGCCGCAUCCGACAUACCAAUCGUCGCUACCGCCAAUAUAAUUGGUGAAAAGAAAAAGAAAUCAAUAUCAUCGGUCAAUCUACGAGAUGAUUACUAUGACGAAACCACCGGCGUUGGUGGUAAUCCUGCGCAGCAAGUAGAACUAGGCGACGGUUUGGAUGCAUUUAAACAAAACGCCUUGUACAAUCAGCAAACCAAUGAUGUCAUCGGCAUGACCAGCUCAAACACCGAACAUACAGCCAGUAUUAAGCCACAGCCUUUGGGCAUUAAGGUACGCCUCUUCACACUCAAACCGGAGUAUUUGCCGUGUCACGAUGAGCUAAGCGAUCCCACAGAAUUGCCACUGUCGCGCGAUCUUAUGGAUGUACGUAGCAAUCAGGCGCAGAGCAAUAUGUCAUCCGGCGGAUAUGGCCUGACAAUGGCUACACGGACAUUUGGGGGUGUGGUGGCGUUAAUUUUACGGUUCAGCAGCAGACGGCGAAUCGGUUAA